GAUUGGCCCUCGCCGGGGGGCUUCUCUCACCGGGACUCGGGACUCCCGGGAAGUGGACUGGCAAGUGAAGGGGGCGAGCUAGCUGUCUCUGCGGACCCAGUAGGAGACCCCCGGCGUGAGGCGGCCUCGCGGGGCCGGGUGGGCUGGCGAGCCGACGCUGCGGCGGCGGAGGAGGCUUGUGAGGGGUGCGAGGGACAGGGCCCGGGACAGAGAAACCAUGGCCCCGCAGAACCUGAGCACCUUUUGCCUGUUGCUGCUGUACCUCAUCGGGGCCGUGAUCGCCGGGCGAGAUUUCUAUAAGAUUUUGGGGGUGCCUCGAAGUGCCUCUAUAAAGGAUAUUAAAAAGGCCUAUAGAAAACUUGCCCUGCAGCUUCAUCCUGACCGGAACCCUGAUGAUCCACAAGCCCAGGAGAAAUUCCAGGACCUGGGUGCUGCUUACGAAGUUCUGUCAGAUAGUGAGAAACGGAAACAGUAUGAUACUUAUGGUGAAGAAGGAUUAAAAGAUGGUCAUCAGAGCUCCCAUGGAGACAUUUUUUCACACUUCUUUGGAGAUUUUGGUUUCAUGUUUGGAGGAACCCCUCGUCAGCAAGACAGAAAUAUUCCAAGAGGAAGUGAUAUUAUUGUAGACCUAGAAGUCACUUUGGAAGAAGUAUAUGCAGGAAAUUUUGUGGAAGUAGUUAGAAACAAACCUGUGGCAAGGCAGGCUCCUGGCAAACGGAAAUGCAACUGUCGGCAAGAGAUGCGGACCACCCAGCUGGGCCCUGGGCGCUUCCAAAUGACCCAGGAGGUGGUCUGCGAUGAAUGCCCAAAUGUCAAGCUAGUGAAUGAAGAACGGACACUGGAGGUGGAAAUAGAACCUGGGGUGAGAGAUGGCAUGGAAUACCCAUUUAUUGGAGAAGGUGAACCUCAUGUGGAUGGGGAGCCUGGAGAUUUACGAUUCCGAAUCAAAGUUGUCAAGCACCCAAUAUUUGAAAGGAGAGGAGACGAUUUAUACACAAAUGUGACAAUCUCCCUAGUUGAGUCUCUGGUUGGCUUUGAGAUGGAUAUUACUCACUUGGAUGGUCACAAGGUACAUAUUUCCCGGGAUAAGACCACCAGGCCAGGAGCGAAGCUAUGGAAGAAAGGGGAAGGGCUCCCCAACUUUGACAACAACAAUGUCAAGGGCUCUUUGAUAAUCACCUUCGAUGUGGAUUUCCCAAAAGAACAGUUAACAGAGGAAGCAAGAGAAGGCGUAAAACAGCUACUGAAACAAGGAUCUGUGCAGAAGGUAUACAAUGGACUGCAAGGAUAUUAAGAGUGAAUAAAAUUGGACUUUGUUUAAAAUAAGUGAAUCAGCGAUAUUUAUUAUCUGCAGGGUUUUUGUGCUUUUUUUUUUAAUUUUCAAUAUGCAAUUUUGGCUUAAUUUUUUCCUCUAAUGAUCAUCAUGAAAUGAAUAAGAGGGCUUAAGAAUUUGUUCAUUUGCAUUCAGAAAAGAAUGACCAGCAAAAGGUUUACUAAUACCUCUCCCUUUGGGGAUUUAAUGUCUGGUGCUGCCACCUGAGUUUCAAGAAUUAAAGCUGCAAGAGGACUCCAGGAGCAAAAGAAACACAACAUAGAAGGUUGGAGUUAAUUGUUAGUGAUUUCAUUCAAAAUGCCAACUGGAGAAGUCUGUUUUUAAAUACAUAUUGUUGUUAUUUUUUUCAUGA